AUGGUAAGGGCAUCGAGGGCUGCAGCCGGUGUCAAACAAAUUGUGCAGGCAAUGGAGAAAGCAUCAAAUAUUAAAAAAAUUUCCAACAAGCACAGCUACAAGAAGUCAAAUGAAGAUGAGUCGCCGAUGUUUCAAGAUCUCAGAAAGUUAAAACCUUUUGCCAUUACAUCCGGUCGACAUCGCAACCAUUUCCAUGAUAUUGCUCUUUCACCAACCAGUAACAUUAAGAUUAGCAAUUUCUUCAAAUGGCUACAAAAGCACAAGAGACAAAUCUCAAUGGGAUUUAAAAAGUAAUUGCAGUAAAACCCCGCAUAUAAAAACCUAUAAUUUAAGAACAUGUUAGGCUGAAAUAUUUUAUUUAGAUCCCCUUUAGAUAAGAACCUGUUCAGGCUAGAAUUUCAAAACAGAUUCUUAUAUUUAUCAAAUAGAGUCAAAAUUAAGUAACAAGUUACAAUCAGUGUACCUUUAAAGUGCAUAAUUAUAUAGAGUUGGUAUAGUGCAUAUAUAUAAUGUCAUUUUUUUUGUGCAUUUCAAUUGUGCAUUUUUUAUAUAAAUCAAAUACUAUACAUCCAUAAAAUGAGUCGCUUUUCUCUCAAAAAAAUAAGAAACUAAUUAAGAGCCUGUUUAGCCUAGUUUCCCAGUAAGCACCAUUUACAUAAGAACCUGUUUAGGCUAUCUUGUUUAGACUAUCAUGUUGAGUAUGUUAAACAGUUUUUACCGACGAAAGUGCAAAAAUAUAUGCACUAUAAUUUUAUUAACACACUGUAACAGGAUUUAACGAGCAGUAAAACGCUCCCCCCUGCUCAUACAUAUCACAUGACAAAAUAAUCCACAACUUGUGGAUCGAGGGUUCUCUUCAGCCUGCGGCCAGCACAGAGAGAACCCUGGGUACGAGGUUGGGAAAAUGCAGGCACAGAAUCCAAAGAAUUUGACAAGGACAUUGAUCAUAUCAAUUUACUCUUGUAUACAAAAGAUCGAUUUGGUAUAUCCAAUCAACCUUACCAUGAAGUACCAAUGAUCUGUAAAGAUAUGCCGGGAUCUUACAUGAUUAAAGAUAGACUUAAGAAGAUAAAUGAAAAGUGGAACUUGUUUCCGACACCUGGCAACACUGUGAGUUCAACAAAGUAUCAAAUUGAGAUUGGAAACAAGAUUGAAAGUGAUAAUUAG